UAGGAUCUGAAAAUGCUUGUGAAAAGACUUCAUUUAUGUUUCUGCGACAAGAGUUGCCUGUGAGAUUGGCAAACAUAAUGAAGGAAAUAAGCCUGCUUCCAGACAACCUCCUAAGAACACCUUCAGUGCAGCUAGUGCAGAGCUGGUAUGUCCAAAGUCUUCAGGAGAUCCUUGACUUUAAGGACAAAAGCUCAGAAGAUUUGGAGGCUGUUCAUAGUUUUACAGAUACUGUGAUAAAAAUCCGGAAUCGACACAACGAUGUAAUUCCUACGAUGGCUCAAGGAGCGAUAGAGUACAAGGAAAGCUUUGGCAUCGAUCCAGUGACCUCACAGAAUGUGCAGUAUUUUUUAGACCGUUUCUACAUGAGUCGCAUUUCAAUUAGAAUGCUCCUUAAUCAACACUCACUACUGUUUGGUGGGAAAAAUAAUCCAGCUCAUCCAAAACACAUUGGAAGCAUUGAUCCUAGCUGCAAUGUUGUUGAAGUUAUUAGAGAUGGCUAUGAAAGUGCCAAAAGACUCUGUGAUUUAUAUUACAUGAGCUCUCCAGAACUCAUCCUUGAAGAGUUGAACAUUAAAUCACCAGGACAGCCCAUGCAAGUGGUGUAUGUGCCAUCACAUCUCUAUCACAUGGUUUUUGAACUUUUCAAGAAUGCAAUGAGAGCCACCAUGGAACAUCACGCUGAUCGAUGCAUUUAUCCUCCAAUUCACGUACAUGUCACAUUGGGAAAUGAGGAUUUAACUGUGAAGAUGAGUGAUCGUGGUGGAGGUGUACCUAUGAGGAAAAUUGACAGACUAUUCAACUACAUGUAUUCAACAGCACCACGUCCACGUGUUGAGACAUCACGAGCUACACCUUUGGCUGGAUUUGGUUAUGGCUUACCCAUAUCACGUCUGUAUGCCCAGUACUUCCAAGGAGACCUGAAACUGUAUUCCUUAGAAGGCUACGGUACAGAUGCAGUUAUUUACAUAAAGGCCUUAUCAACAGAAUCAAUUGAAAGACUCCCUGUGUAUAACAAAGCAGCCUGGAAACACUAUAAAGCAAACCAUGAAGCAGAUGAUUGGUGUGUGCCAAGCAGUGAGCCAAAGGACAUGACCACUUUUCGUAGUAUAUAA